AUGAGGAGGGAGAACCUGGGCGCGGACGUUGCGGCGUGGGAACUUGCGCGACGCGGAGCAGCAAGAAAAGGUUCGAAAAUGGCGUGUAGGCUUGCUUUGAGAACCGUUUGCUUGACCGACCCAUGGCUGCCUAUGUCUUCUAUUAACAAACAAUCAUCCAUUUUUUCACCAAUUGUAUUAAUCCGCCGGAAAAUUGCAUCACCAAAUUCAAAUUGCGGUUGUAAAACCGCAAUAGUGGCAAAACGCUGCAAUUUCUCAAGGAACAGCUCAAAUGACGUGAACUCGUCUUUACCUGGUGCUGAUUCGGAGCAAGGCCCUCCUCAAGAAGCCGUUUUGAAGGCUAUAUCAGAAGUUUCCAAGGCUGAAGGAAGAGUGGGACAAACUACUAAUGUAGUUAUGGGAGGUACAGUUACGGAUGAUUCAACGAAUGAGUGGCUUGCUCUAGAUCAGAAGGUGAACUCAUAUCCAACAGCUAGAGGAUUUACUGCAAUUGGAACUGGGGGGGAUGACUUUGUUAACGCUAUGGUUAUUGCCGUUGAAUCAGUUCUUCAACACCCUAUUCCACAAGGUCAAGUGAAACAGAAGAUAUCCUCGGGUGGCAAAUAUGUAUCUGUGAACAUUGGACCUGUUCAAGUUGUUUCCAGUGAGCAGGUACAAGCGGUGUAUAAUGCUAUGAGAAGGGAUGACAGGAUGAAAUACUUUUUGCACAUCAAAUAUGUGGCUUGUCCAACGGCGGCAAGUCCAAGGCCUUCACAUAGAACAAGAAGGGCGGUCGAAGAGAUUUCAACAUUUGUUUUGACAGAAGGCGUGACUAAUCGAGAACUUGUUCUCGAGGCGGAGGAUUGUCGGCUUGAUGCGAGCAGCGUUGGUGAAGGUGGUGUUGGAGGGGCUGACGGUUCAGGCUCCAACGCCGCUAACGGCUGUAUCACUGGUGAAGGAGAUGCCAUGUUGGAGCAAUUUGCAAGAAUUGUAGGAAAACCCAGCCACGGUUCGUCGAUCCCGGCACGCCACCUCCGCCACAACCGCAACGAGCUCGCCGGUCACCUUGCCGCCGUCGUUAGAACCGCUGCCACCACCGUUCGCGAGCCCGCCAACUCGUCGACGGCCACCGCAAUCGCCGCCGUUAACAAUCCUCAACAUCGCCUCCUCAUUCAAACACCAGUCUCACCUCAUCCGUUAGGCUACAGCUUCCUCGCCUCCCAUCCGCCAUCCGCCUCCGACGUCUCCGCCUCCGACGUCCGCCAUCUUCUUCCAAUCGAAGCAACCGGCCCGUCGCCGCCACCACCCACUCCACUAACAUCGCCGCCGAAAACAUCCCCCACGUCGCCACCUGCCACCACCGCAACCGGCCCACUGCAUCUCCGCCAUGUCACCCCACCAAAAAAGUUUCAGGUCCCCGCCGGCGAGACCACCACCCGCCUGCCGCGCCGGCCCUCGCCCGCUGCUACUGAGCCCGUCGCCGCCGCAACCCCGUCGUACUGUCGCCGGCAGAAAAGCAGACGACAGACAAGAACUUUGCAUAUUUGA